GGAAAUUGUUAUCAGAUACGGUGGAAGAAUUAACGUAUUACAAUUAUCAUGGAUCAUAUUUCUUGGACUGCUGGAUCACUUUGCGCUGUUGGUGGAAUUAUGGGCUUUGCUAAAAAACGCUCAGUUCCAUCACUUGUAGCAGGAUUGUCGUUUGCUGGAAUUUAUUUUUCUGCUGGAUAUUUGUUGAAGCAAAAUGCUGACUGGGGAUUGGAGUUAGCUUUAUUGGCUUCCUCUGGGCUAUUGACUGCUGGAAUUGUAAGAGGAUAUCCAUCGAGAUUCUCUAAGAAGGUUCCCUUGAUGUUGGCGCUUUUGGGGGCCACUACGACUACUUACUAUUCAAAAAAGUACUAUGAGUUUUAUGGUUAGUUUAUUUAUUGAAUAUAAAUAUGCAUUGAAUAUAAAUAUUGAAAAUAGUGUAAGUAAUUAGUUGAUUUAUUUAGGGUUCACCAUAAUUUUUAUAUUUAAUAUUUUU